AUGAAAGGUGAGUGGAAUGUUGUUCUAAAGUUAUACGAGACCCAUCCAGAGGUUCGUGUGGCCGAGAUCAUCAGAUCAGGGGACACGGCAUUGCACAUUGCCGUCUCCAAUAUCCAAGAAGACAUUGUAGAAGAGCUGGUAGAUUUGAUUUCCAUGCAGACUGAAUACAAGAAGUCUCUGGAAAUCAGAAACGACCAGGGGAAUACUCCUCUGCACAUUGCAGCUUCGCUAGGGAAUGUGAAGAUGUGCAAAUGCAUUGCGCAAGCAGACUCAUCGUUAUUGAAAAUUCAUAACAAUGAUGGAGAAACCCCUCUAUUCGUGGCCGCUCACCAUGGCAAAAAGAAUGCUUUCCUUUGCCUUAACUCUUACUGCCGAAAAGAAGAAGGCUAUUCUUAUUGCAGAAGGAAGGAUGGUGAAAAUGUUCUUCACUGUGCCAUCUCUGGAGACUAUUUUGAUUUGGCAUUUCAAAUCGUUCAUCUUUAUAAAGAUCUUAUCAACAAUGUAAACGAGAAUGGAAUAUCACCCCUCCAUCUCCUUGCUAGCAAGCCUACUGCCUUCAGAAGUGGUAGCCAUAUUGGUGGUUGCAGUCAGCUCAUUUACUAUUGUAUAUUUGUGGAUCAGCUUAAGGUGGAAUCAUCUUUUCAACAAUCUUCAAGCGAUUUUCAAUCCAAGAAGUUUAGGGAAAAGAUGAAAGUUAGUUGUCCAGACAAUUAUCAAACAUGCAUGCACUUGUUUCACUUGCUAAAGCAGCUGGUUCAAGUAGUGACAAAACGUUCACAUAACAAAAGACAACGAGGAGAUGCAAAUGAAAAUCCUGAAGAGCCUAAUGUUACCUCUGAGGUAGGAUCAAAAGGAGACAAAAUACCCCAUAGAGAUGGAUAUCAAUUCUUUCCUCCCAAUUAUGGCACCUUGAUUGAUUUUGUCAAGCUGUUAUCGAAGGCAAUGUUAGUUAUACUAGGACUGGGAUCAAGAAGAAUAAGGAAGCUAAGGGAGAAGAAAGAGAAGCAUACUUGGGCUGUCCAGCUCAUGAAUGUACUUCUAGAACAUGCUUCUCUGUUCCAGUAUGAAGACAAUGGCUGUAGGCCUCAGCUAUCAUUAUAUGAUGCCGAUGAGACAAAGCCGUAUGAAUUCACUGAAGGUGCUGAUGUUAAAAUGCCUACCUCUAGCGAUGAGUCAGACACAGCUAAACAAAAUGAUCAAAGUAAGGAAAAAACUUUCGAAGGAGAGAAGGAGAAAACCAAAGACUUGACAAAGAAGACCAAAGACUUGACAAAAAGAGAGACACCCAUAUUAAUUGCAGCAAAGAGCGGAAUCACUGAAAUGGUGGAGCAAAUCCUAUAUCUUUUUCCGGUGGCAAUCCAUGACAUGAACUCAGACAAGAAGAACAUAGUCUUGUUGGCGGUGGAGAACAGGCAACCGCACGUUUACAAGUUCUUGCUAAAGAAAAAUAUCAUGAAAGAUAGCGCCUUCCGAGCGGUGGAUCAGAAUGGAAAUAGUGCAUUGCACCUAGCCGCAAUGCUAGGGGAUCAUAAGCCUUGGCUCAUCCCUGGGGCUGCUUUACAAAUGCAAUGGGAAAUCAAGUGGUAUAAGGUAUAAAUAUGAUCACAUAAACUUAGCAUUUGGUAAUAAAAAUUAUAUCUAAUUUAUUGUAUUACCAAUGACACCAUGAGCA